AUGUCGGUGAAGGCCGUCGAGGGCAACGGCGCUGUAGUAAAUAUGAUCAUGGCUCGUUUUGAUAAGUUAGAGGGGAAAACGACCGAUGGCAAUCAAUCGGGUGUUGCUUCUUUUUCUAAACAACCUGAGUUUGGCAUGCCUUUAAAUUUUUAUGAGAACCAAGGAUUAUAUGCAGUAGCAAACAAAGGCAAAUCAGCCCCUUCGGCAUUUGAAACUGAUAAGGCCGGUUUUGUCGGUGUUACUCGAUCUUCACAAUUGGUUAUCUAUGAUCGAAAUUUAGCUCGAAACACACAAACCAAUCAAAGAUCAGUAACAAACCGAGCUUCGGUGGGGCAAAACACGGUUCUUCCUAACCCACCAAAGUCACCAAGUCAAAUCCCUAUGCUUGAUAAUACACCUACUGCUCCUACUACCAAUUUUAAUGAAACUUUGAAUUGGUUUAGAGAGGAAUUGUCUAAAUCACUUGAGGAGAGUUUGGAUGUGCAAAUCAAGCCUGGUAGGAAUACAUAUCGCAAAUUGUACCCUUUGCAUUUUGAUUUCAUGAAAGCACCUGAUGGGUGGAGGGUACCUGAUUUUAAUAAAUUUAGUGGUGAUGAUAGGGCUCCCGCUAUUUUGAUUUGUCCAGAGCAAGCCGAUAAAGCUAAAGGCAAGAAUGUGAUUAUCGACGAACCACGUGCAGCACCGAAUGUCGAAAAGAAUUCAUGGUGCAAGGUUGUUCUUGAGAAGGAUGAUGAAGGCAAGAAUAAGUUGAAGAUCACCGCUGGAUCAACACAAUAUUUGAGAAGGCAGCGGUGGUACAAAAUAGCGACGGCACAACAGAGGCCGGCUAGGCCGAGUCCACCAGUCAGCCAAGCUGACUCCACCAUAGAGCCAGCCAAGUCGGCUGAGCCAAUUGCCCUAGUCGGCUUAGCCGACUCCCCUGGUUCCAGCAGCCCGAGUUAUUCCGGUGUUCGUGUUUUGCGCACGUUUGUUCCACAGAGGCCUGAGAUUGGCACUUGGAAGACAAAUGAGAAGAAGAACUAG